GCAUGCGUUCACGGGCUCAUUUACGUCAUCAAACCUCGACGCACCGAGGAACUAGCGCCACUUUUUUCAUGCGCCAAAUUAUUUAGGCAUUUUCAGCGUUACGGAACAUAUCUACAGUACAACACAUUUUGGGGCGUGCAGGACGAAUAACGUUAAUGUACGAUGAGUUUAUUUGGGGCAACCUCCGGGUUCGGAGCAGCGGGUGCCGGUGUGUUUGGGAGCGCAACGACAGACAGCCACAAUCCCAUGAAGGAUGUUGAGGUGACUUCCCCUCCAGAUGACAGCAUCAGCUGCCUGGCUUUCAGUCCCCCCACCAUGCCAGGGAACUUCCUCAUUGGAGGCUCCUGGGCCAACGAUGUCCGGUGUUGGGAGGUUCAGGACAAUGGGCAGACUGUACCCAAAGCCCAACAGAUGCACACCGGCCCGGUGCUGGAUGCAUGCUGGAGUGACGAUGGGAGUAAGGUCUUCACUGCCUCUUGUGACAAAACCGCCAAGAUGUGGGAUCUUAACAGCAAUCAAGCUUUGCAGAUUGCACAGCAUGACGGCCCGAUCAAAUCCAUCCACUGGAUAAAAGCUCCGAACUACAGUUGUAUCAUGACCGGCAGUUGGGACAAAACGCUGAAGUUUUGGGACACCCGGUCUCCAAAUCCCAUGAUGUCUCUGCAGAUGCCAGAGAGAUCCUACUGUGCCGACGUUGUGUACCCCAUGGCUGUGGUUGCCACAGCCGAUAGAGGCCUGAUAGUGUACCAGCUGGAGAACCAGCCCUCUGAAUUUCGCAGAAUAGAUUCUCCUCUCAAACAUCAGCACCGCUGUGUUGCCAUAUUCAAGGACAAGCAGAACAAGCCCACCGGCUUUGCACUGGGAAGCAUUGAGGGCCGUGUGGCCAUCCAUUAUAUCAACCCUCCAAAUCCGGCCAAAGAUAACUUCACCUUUAAGUGUCACAGGUCAAAUGGAACCAACACGACAACUCCACAGGACAUCUACGCCGUGAAUGCCAUCUCCUUCCACCCUGUCCACGGCACUCUGGCUACUGUGGGCUCAGAUGGGCGCUUCAGCUUUUGGGACAAAGACGCACGCACAAAGUUGAAGACCUCAGAGCAGCUCGACCAGCCUAUUACAGCGUGCUGCUUCAACAGCAACGGCAACAUCUUUGCGUAUGCCUCCAGUUACGACUGGUCAAAGGGCCAUGAGUACUACAACCCCCAGAAAAAGAACUACAUCUUCUUGAGGAGUGCUGCCGAGGAGCUGAAGCCCCGGAACAAGAAAUGAUUCGUCGUGCUGCGCCGCGUCUGUUGUGAGGCAAUGCGGAAGACCUGCUGCGUGUGUGUGUAUGAGCUCGAGACAGACUCCUUCCUAUCGGCAAACACCAGGACCAAUGCAACGGUGCUGCGUACCGUGCAUGGACCAAUGUGAGGGGCCCAACCUGAGACCGCUGUGUAACAAUUGAUCAUACAGGUCAUCAUAGAAAGCGAGGGCUUUAUUUGUCUUUCAUUUUGAUGUAUUUUUGUGUUCGGCUCUCUUUUUCACUGCUAUACAAAGACCUUUUGAUUUUGUUAUGAUUUUCUGUUAUUCUGUGGUUUAGCUCUGUGACUAAAACUGGGAUGUAAAAUAAAUAACCAAGUGCACACUGUUAUAUUUGAACACGUUUAUUCAAACCUGAGGGUUGAAAAUGAACGUAUUGUUAGGUGUUUUAAGGUUUUUUUUGGAUUCACUGAACGGUGACGUGCAUGCAAAACUAUUUACUACUGUUGUUUUCUCACAUUGGAAUCUUCCCAACAUGAUAAACAACGUAACAAACGUGUUACAAA